CUGCUUCUUUGUAACCCUGAAGAAGAUCGCUGCACUGCCAAUGGUGGACUUCCUGAACUCUGCAGCCAAAGAUGGAAAUGAUGGGCACUUACGACACAUCAUGGGGAAGACUCAAGGCAUUCUUAAAUCAAGAUUUUUGUCUGUGAUUGAAGGCAGCAGUGAUCUUAUCACAGGGUUGUCAUCCAAAUUGGAGUCUGCCCUCAGCCUGAGCACAGAAUCUGUGUCCGAGGAGGGCACAGUACCAACAAGUCAUGUGGAGGUGGACCAUCAGGUUACAAACAGUCAAGCAGCCACUGAAAUCUUCACUCGGAAACUGCGGUUCCCGAAGUUUGGGUCAGGACUCUCUUUUGAGGACUAUACAACCAUUGCACGGCAUAAAGAAGAAAAGGCACAUUCGAAGGAAAAUGUAUUUGAGUCAAGAAAUGGUGGAAGUGGACUGAGAGCAUGUGAUGCAAAAGCCAGUGAAGAUCAUUCAUGUGCCUCAAGUGAAAGCAAUAAUGAUAUCUCAAACAAGUUCAACCAGAAUAUUGAAUUGAGGGCAACUGGUCCCGACCCUUACGACAAACUCCGGUAUAAGUCAGAAGCACCCAGUAGUGGCUCAGCAAGUGAUGGAGAUGUGUAUGGUCCUAGCACAAGUCUUGACUUCUCUGAUCAUGACGGAAAGAAAUACUGGGUCAGAUCUGGUUCUGAGGGCUCAGUCCAGUCAUGGGCAUCUAGUUUAAGUCUUGACAGUCAGUCUGAUGAGAUGACAGCAGAAGCAGUGGAGUUCAUGAGGAAGUUUGUUGGAGAUCUGUUUAAAGACAGUUCAGCUAUACCAUUGGACCAGAAAUCUAAAUUUGGGCAGCUUGCUCAGCAUGAGUCUGGUAGAUUGUGGUUUGCAAGGUUUGUGAAUGCUCAACGUGUCCACAACAAGAAGGUUGAUGAAUCAACGUUCUACAGUCUUGUGCAGUACUUUGCCAUUGUAUUAUUUGAAUGUGCUGACGCUGAUGACUUCUCACCAGCUAAGUCACUCAUGAACAUGUGCUUCACAUUCUACCAUGAAGUGGAUGUGCCAGGCUGUGAGCCAUAUAAAGAAUACCUGUAUACAUACCUAAGAGACCAAACCAUUUGGCAUAGCCUGCGCUUCUGGAAUGCAGCUUUCUUUGAUGCACUGCAGUGCGAACGGGUUCACAGACCAGUUGUAACACGCGAGGACAUUCAACACAACAGCCUAGAGGCCAUCACUGAUGAAAAGCAAUACCAGGAAAAUAUCACAUUUGGUCAAUUAGGGACAUUCACAUACAACAUGCAUGCAUUUGGUCUCACCAAGGAACUCUGUGCAGAAUUCCUGAGGAAGCAAUGCAUUAUUGCCAACUUAAGAGAAGAUCAAGAAAAAAUGUUAAAAGACAACGUAGAACGGAUGUACAGAGAGACAGAUCCUUGGCGAUAAUUGUGGCUAUGAAUGAAAGGCAUGUACCGGAAGCAGCAUUAUCCGAUGUUAAAAGGUUAUUGCUUCAAAUGCUCAGACAGGUGGUGGUUUUUAUUAUGAUUGGGCAUUUCACAACUACUCCAAUUUUGUUUAGUCUUCCAAUAUUUACUGCACAUAGAAUGUAUAGGAAAUUUACAUAGCUCAGUGUUUCCUAGCUAGUCAAUAUAUAGAUACUUUAUACAAAAAUUUUUCCUGUAUUUGUAUGCUUACAAUACUUUAUGUACUAUUUGGGCCAUGUUACUCUUCUGGAACAAGCCUCACAGGCCAUCUGCCUACAUGAGCCUCUGAAGGACUUCUCAGAAAUUUGGCAUGCAUGUGAAAUGCUCAGUUCAUAUGUAGUCUUGUGAGUAGAGUCAAAUAAAAACAAAAUAUUGUCUUGAUAAUAUGUUAGUGACUGGUGCAAGUUUUGUUCAGGAAUUUGAUAUAUGAGCGAGAUACUCUUGCCUCAUGAAUCUUUCACUUUUACACAGACUUGGAUGUCUUGCCUGAUUAACUUGAAAGAACACAAAUGCCAAGAGCAAAAACUGAUGUUUCUAAAGACAACUAUUUUACUCAUUCUUUAAUCAGCCAUAUCCCCCUCCCCCAACAUAAAGUUGCCAAAUAAUUAAUGAUUUGUGUAAAGCUAGAACAAUUCAAUACAGUCAUUUGGCUUUCACAGUCAUUCAGUCAGGUAACCUACUCUCUUGAAGCUGCACUAGAAGCAGUGUUAAGCUUGUAGGAUUUGUUCUCACAGUGGUGAUUAAAAGAGUAUUAUCUUCUGGGAUAUAACACUAUACAGUCUGUUGAAAAGCAACUGACG